CAAUUAGGUACACAGUGUCGGAGGGAAACACCCACUCAUGUAUGAACAUAAAGAGGACCCACCACAGGGGCAGCAGUCGACGGGGCUGGGAGGAGGAAGAAGUGCCCAGACCAGGACCAGGACAACGUCGGCGGGUUCCGGAUCAGACACGAUGGGGCGCACGGUGGGACCGGUUCUACACUGGGUGCAGGAUGUGGCAGCUGUGACCCUCCUCAAAGCCCGGCGCACUUUAUUUCAGGCUGCCAUCCUGUUGUGCUCUCUGGUUCUGCUCCUCUGGGUGUCCAUCUUCCUCUAUGGCAGCUUCUACUACUCCUACAUGCCCACUGUGAGCUUCUCCACCCCGGUGCACUUCUACUACGCCUCUGACUGUGAUACCUCAGAGUCAGGACUGUGUUCAUUCCCCACGGCCAACAUCUCCUUCAUGAAGAACGAGAGGGACCAGGUGAUGGCUUACGGGCAGCCUUAUCGUGUGUCUCUGGAGCUGGAGAUGCCCGAGUCACCGGUGAAUGAACAGCUGGGUAUGUUCAUGGUCAGGAUGUCCUGUUACACCAAAGGUGGGAAGACCGUCUCAUCAGUGGGACGAUCUACAAUGCUCCACUACCGAUCCAGCCUUCUGCAGACCCUCAGUACUUUCCUGUUCUCUCCUUUCCUUCUCACCGGGAUCUCUGAGCAGAAGCAGCUCAUCGAGGUGGAGCUCUACUCGGACUACAAGACGAAUGCUUAUCAGCCCACAGUUGGUGCAGUCAUUCAGAUCCACUCCAAGCGAGUGCAGAUCUACUCAGCUCAGCUCCGUAUCCACGCAUACUUCACCGGUAUAAGAUAUGUUCUGUACAACUUCCCCCUGACCUCUGCGGUGAUCGGCGUGGCCACCAACUUUGCCUUCCUCAGCGUCAUCGUGCUGUUCAGCUACCUGCAGUUCAUAUGGGGUGGGAUCUGGCCCCCGGAUCAAGUAAGAGUCAGGGUUAUGAUUGGGGACAACACCCGCAUCCAGCAGAGGAGAGAGGAGGCUCGCAAACGCAUGGAGAAGGAAAACUCACAGAAGGAAUUAAAUGCCCCUACAGUGAUUGGAUCCACGACUGAGGCAUCUGAUUUCUCAGGAAAUGGCACGGUGGUGGAGCCUUCGUCAAAGAAGCCCUCGAUAGUCCCAGAUGCCUCAGGGGCCGAUGUGCCAGAUACCAAGGAGGAAGAGUCUCAUGACUCCAUUGGGCCCGAGGAGACGGAGAGCUCUGACAUGUUGGAUGGAGGACAGCUGCCUCAGCAGGGUGAGACGGCACUCCGGCAGAGACCUGGACCCUGGAUGAGCCUGUGAACCGGGCCACCGCACGUUGUUAAAGUACCUAUCGUAUAUGCUCACAUGACGCAGUCGCGAUUGAAUGUGAUUUGGCAGAUAUUGACUGACUCAAGCAAAACCCUCUGUUUGAGUUGGCCUAAAUAUAGAUGCAUGAGAGCCUAAUACUUGUGUUGUCUUAGCUAACUAACUGCAGCUUAUUGUGUUGUGUUCGGAAAACACUUUACCUCGUUUCUGUCUGCUCAUUUUUCUGCUCUGUUGGACACCUGCCCUAAAGAGAACAGCACUUGUUGAGUCUUAUGUUUCUGUUAUCUGAAUGUGUGUGAUGUCAGGAGGUACUACAUUCCAACUCCGGCUUGUUCGACAGUAUAGCCAACAGGAAUUUUGCGUCACCUUCAGUAAUUGAGCACACCUUCAUAAAGAUAACCCUGCCCAUGUUUAACAGCCCUGACGUUGUGUAAGGUGGCUUUUUGUUACAUAAUGACCAGGCUACAGUUGAGAGGACACUCCUCCCAGAGAUGAUUCUGUCUUUGAAUGUGGCUGCACUGCACUUGAAACAAUAUUUUAUUCUGGUUAAAGUUGGCAUUUCCAAGAAAAAGUGCUUCCCGACCUUUUAGAGGCUACACAUAAACCAUCCUCGUGAUACUUUUAUUUGAGAGGCUUUCUUGGAGCAAUUUGAUUUGGAAAGUGUUUCUAAAAUAGAGUCUUUGUUUUAAAUAACUUGCUUGAAAAGAAUGUGUAAUCGGUCCAGGCUGAAGGGACAGAAGACACUUGUGGCUUUUUCAUCUUUUUGAGAUAGAGACGUUCUGUCUCAAGUUUAACGGAACGAUUUAACUGCCGUGUUUUCACAGAGUUGGUUUUCACUGCAUCAGAACUUAAGUGUUCACUGUCUGUUACAGUGCAGUUUGUACUUUUCACUUUAAUGUUCUUAAAAUGGUAUUUAUUGUGCUCUCCUUACAGUAAAGCACCAGGAUGUUUUAGAUGAGUCUCUCUAAGAACAGUUUAUUAAUAUGUCUGUUAACUAAACAUGUUUAUAUUUAACACAAAGCAGGAUACAGUAUAAAUAGGAUGAACGAAGUUACUGUUUUGAAAUCGAUGCUGGUCGUUCUAAUAAAGUGAAGGUGACGCAGGAUGUUGAUGGAGGCUUCCGUUUAUUUAAGCUACACUUGAGGGGAGGUUCGGGUUUAAGCAAGUGAAAAGAAAUGUGAUUGUAGGAUUUUGUACCAAAGAUAAUAACUCAUAAUGGACUUUGUCAUGUCCAUGUAAAUGCCUCUGAAGUUAUACGAGUACAUGUUAUUUAUGCAUUUAACAAAUUAAAUAAACUCACCGUGUUCACUU